AUGGCAAAGUUCUUAGUUGGCUUAGCUUCAUUCGGUACUACAGCCGUUAUUAUUGGUGCUUUAUUCGUAUGUGGAAGUCUCUUUAAUGAGAUUAACACUAUGUAUGAUGAUGUCAUGACUGAUAUGGCUGAAUUCAAAACUAUUGCUAAUGAUGCUUGGAGUGAUAUGAUUAGAGUUAAUGCUGAACGUAAACCACUUACAUUCGAUAUGUUGAUUGGAAGAAACAAACGUCAAGUUGCAUGUAACUGUGGUGCUCGUGCUGCUAACUGCCCACCAGGACCACCAGGCCCACCAGGUUUACCAGGAGCUAAUGGAUUAGAUGGUAACCCAGGAACUGACGGAAACCCAGGAACAGACGGUAUUGCUGUUGGAAACCCAUCAAUGACUGAAACUGGAUGUAUCAAAUGCCCACAAGGUGCCCCAGGACCACAAGGACCAGAUGGACCAGUAGGACCAGCCGGACCUGAUGGUCAACCAGGUGCUCCAGGAGCUCCAGGAAACGAUGGACAACCAGGUACCCCAGGACCAGCAGGAGAUGCCGGUGCACCAGGAGCCCCAGGAAAUGAUGGACAACCAGGAGUUCCAGGAGCCAACGGAACAAGAGGAAAAGGAAAACCAGGACCACCAGGACCAGCUGGAGCUCCAGGAGCACCAGGUAACAAUGGAGCCCCAGGUGCCGCCGGUGCCCCAGGACAAGAUGGAGCACCAGGACCACAAGGACCAGCCGGAAACCCAGGAACUCCAGGACAAGACGGAGCACCAGGAGUUCCAGGUGGACCAGGAAUUGUUGGAUCAGAUGCCGCAUACUGUCCAUGCCCACCAAGAAGUGCCGCCAUUGAAUCUAACCCACAAUCACAAUACAGAUUGAGAAAGGCUUAA